CGCGCGCGCGUGCACGCACCCACGAACACUGUUUUCAAACAUGAUGGAAGACAUCUGCUGCGGACGACUCUGUUGGACCCACGCCACCUUCACGUCUGUCACGCCUCGGGUGGAAAGGAGGCUCACACGAUGAGUAACUUAUCCACGCAACUCUCGGCACGACGUUCACGUCCGCACCUCCGUGGGUAUUGACGACCUCGCUCGUAAAAUAUGUCGCUCAUGUGGAGUUUGUUCCUGGGCGUGAUGGUGUCGUGUCAGGCGCGGGGCGGCCACAAUCUGGACCCCCAAGCGUCGCGCUCGCAGCCGCACAUCGUCUUCAUCCUCGUGGAUGACCAGGGUUUCCGGGACGUGGGCUACCACGGCUCGGAGAUUAAAACGCCGACUCUCGACCGCCUGGCGGCCCAAGGAGUGAAGCUGGAGAACUACUACGUGCAGCCCCUCUGCAGCCCCUCCAGGAGCCAGCUCAUGACCGGCAGGUACCAGAUCCACACUGGGCUCCAGCACUCCAUUAUCCGAGCCACCCAGCCCAACUGCCUGCCCCUGGACAACAUAACCCUCCCCCAGAAGCUAAGGCAAGCGGGCUACUCCACCCACAUGGUGGGCAAGUGGCACCUGGGCUUCUACAAACGAGGCUGCCUCCCCACCCAGCGAGGGUUCGAUACCUUCUUUGGAUCUCUGCUGGGAAGCGGCGACUAUUACAGCCACUACAAGUGCGAAGGUCCCAGCAUGUGCGGCUAUGACUUGUACGAAGGCGAGGAGGCAGCUUGGGAACAGGACCGCGGCUUGUACUCGACGGUAAUGUUCACCCAAAAAGCUAUCGGUAUCUUAGCAAAACAUGACCGUCGCAAACCGCUAUUCCUCUACUUAGCCUACCAAGCGGUCCACUCCCCCUUACAAGUCCCGGCUCAAUACCUGGAACGCUACAAAGGUAUCGUGAAUCUGCACCGGCGCAAGUACGCUGCCAUGGUAUCCUGCCUGGACGAAGCAGUCCGCAACCUUACAAUAGCGCUAAAGCGCUACCAUUACUACGACAACACAGUCAUUGUGUACUCCUCUGACAACGGGGGACAACCGCUAUCAGGCGGUAGCAACUGGCCCCUCAGGGGUAGCAAGGCCACACUCUGGGAGGGCGGCAUUAGGGCAGUGGGAUUUGUUCACAGUCCUCUUUUGCUGAAGAAGGGGACAAAAUGUCGGUCUUUGGUCCACAUCACAGACUGGUUCCCCACUUUGGUGACAUUGGGGGAAGGGACUUUGGAUGAGGAUCUAAGCCUAGACGGAUUUGAUGUCUGGGAGGCUAUCAGCGAAGGGCUACCAUCUCCACGUCAGGACAUACUUCACAAUAUAGAUCCCAUCUAUAUUAAGGCCAAGAACGGGUCUUGGAAAGUCGGGUACGGGUUGUGGAACACAGCUAUCCAGGCGGCGCUCCGGGUUGGCCAUUGGAAGCUGCUAACGGGCGUUCCUGGGUAUAGCGACUGGGUACCCCCUCAGACCUUCUCCACCCAAAGACUAACGAUGCGCUGGCAUCACGAGCGAGUCCGCUGGGACCGCGGCAAGUCCCUGUGGCUUUUCAACAUCACCUCGGACCCUUACGAACGAGUUGACCUCUCUGGACGCUAUCCGCAUGUUGUGAAAAAGAUGCUAAUGCGGUUGGCGCAGUACAACAAGACCGCAGUCAAGGUUCGGUACCCGGCUAAAGACCUGCGGUCGAACCCACAGUACAACGGCGGUGUUUGGGGACCGUGGCACAAAGACGAGCCGUUGGAGGAGGAUCAGAACGAUCUUUUCAGCAACCAUCUCAGUGGUUGGGGAAAAUGGCAGAAUAGUAGAAAGAUGCUAAUGAAGGUGGAGGAGUAA